UUGUUUGGUUGCCUUUUGCCUUGUGGCCCUGGUAGAAUUUUGCAGCAAGCAAGCAAAAAAAAGGCACAUAAUUUACAAACAAAAACAACCCUCGGCCAGAUUGAGUCAUACGAGAGGCAAGCUACCGUUUAGCUGAAUCGUGCGUUUCCUGGUUCACUAACACUUUACUAUCUACAUCAGUACAAGUGUGUAAGUUACAUCUCCUGUGGAUUACCCCUCUCUACAAGUGAAAGAAUUUGAUUAAGCUCGGAGGGGGGAAAUCAUUCUAAAACACUGAUAAGAACAGCAUGUCCGAUGUUUCGCCCCAGCGAAAGAAUGAGCCAGUAGGCUGAGCUCAUGAUUAGCCGGAUGAUGUAAAGUUCGUGCGUUUCCACUGUGCCAGUGACAGUGAUGCAGAGUACGGUGCAGAACCUCCGGGAGGGCCUCUGGAAUCUACCGAGCACGGUCAACAGCCUGCUGCUCGCUGGGACACUGCUGGACAGUGGCAGGGGCAGCUCGUCCGAGGAGCUUACCCGGGAACAGAAAACUCGUUCCCCCGCCGAGCGGGACGAUAACAAUAACGACGAUGCCGAGGAAGAACCGCCGGACAGUGACCAGGAGGAUGAUGAGCUGCCGGAAAAGCGGACGCAUGCUAGCGACCGCAUGUCCGCCGAGCCCAUGAGCAGUUCGGUCGGUUCGUUGCGUGCACUGUGCGAUGAGCCGGAGCAGGACGAGCGGGGUGAAAAGGAUCCCACAGCCACCACCACCGCCACCAACACCGCUGGUCCGGAUCCGGCUGUCCUGCGUGUCAAGUGGCAACUGGUGCCGUUGGAUCAGAACGCAUCGCUGGUGGAGCUGUCGCAGGCAAUAGACGUGUGCCGGACGCUGGUACGCUCAAAUGCGUACGGGCCCGAUACGGACCAAAGCAAAUGGCUCGUGCGACAUUUGGUGGAGCUGCGGUACCGGUAUCGCGAGCUGGUUGACUUUUCGCGCGAUCCGGAAGCAGUGCUGGAGGAGACGGAGGUCAUUCUGGGGCAUCAUUUCGUGCGCCGAAAGCAGUUCCCUUUUCAGCAGCUGCAGCGCAAACAGCACCUGUACUGUGACCACUGUUCCGGAGUCAUUUGGAACGUUGUGCAGGCAUCGUACGUUUGCAAUGACUGCUCGUUUGCGGUGCAUCACAAAUGCUUGCGCAAUGUGCUGCGUAUCUGUGCGCACGUGGUCACGACGGAGCAUAAGCUGCCGAUCGAGUGCAUCUGUCCCGAGAUUGGGCUGGCCUUUCAGAAGUACACUUGCGCGGAGUGUGGAACACAGCUGAGCUACAACACUUCCACGUCGAUCAACUGUUUCGGACUCGAAUUCAAAGCGGAAAAACUGAACUCAAUUCAGCCCCGGCUGUGCGACUACACCGGUCUGUACUACUGUCCCGCGUGCCACUGGAACGAUACGAGCAUCAUACCGGCACGCAUCACCAACAACUGGGACUUUGUACCGCGCAAGGUGUGCCGUGCGUCGCGGCAACAGAUCAACCUGCUGCUGGCCAAACCCGUCAUCCGGCUGGAGGAGAAGAAUCCGCGCCUCUUCACCUUCAUUCCCCAGCUGGCCGAGGUGAAGCGGGCGCGCGUGCAGCUCGGUGAAAUGAAGCGAUACCUCAUCGCGUGCCGGCUAGCCGACGAGACUAGGCUCGUGGUGAAGCAAAUCGGCAAACGGCGCCACCUGAUGGAAUCGAUCGAGCUGUACAGUGUGGCGGAUCUCGUUGGCGUAGAGGAUGGGACGUUGCUGAAUUAUCUGCGCACGAUACGGGCCACGUUCGAGCAUCACAUUCGAAACUGUGUGAUCUGCUCCGGUAAGGCGUACAUCUGCGAGUUUUGCAACAACGAUCAGAUUUUGUUCCCGUUCGAUGAUGAUGCGAUUUGCUGCAACCAGUGCAAUGCCGUCAGUCAUCGCGAGUGCUACCAGCGCAGGAAGAGCAGGUGUGCCAAGUGUGCCCGCUUACGGCGCCGUGCUUUACAAACGCUGCGGGAACAGUUGGAUCUAGAAAAUGGCAACUAACCUCGAAGAGAGAGAGGGAGAGAGACAGUGAGCAAAAAUCAUAUCAUUUUUACCCUUUGAAACGGCUUCGAUGUGCUUUACAUGUGUGUAAGCUUUCACUCACCAGGGACAACGUGCACAGCUUCUAUUGGUAGCCAUCAAUAAAAUCACACGCCUUCGUAAAAUCUA